AAAUGAACUAUUUUGUCUUCAAUCAUUGUCAUCCAUUCAUCCCCAUGUCGAAAAGAGUUUCUGGCCCACCCCAAGGCCCACUAUGGGUUUAAGCCAUUCUGGCCCAAAACACGAACCGGUGUGAGUGUGAGUGACGACGAUGAAAGCUUUGUCAUUCUGAAACUUUGAUGGAGACGAUUCUCUGCGAAUCCGAUAUCUUCUGAUCUUCAACUUCCUCUUAUACACUGGGAAGACAAGAUUCAAGUAUCUUUUGGACUGUAACAUUAACUUAGAAUCUGUAAGAUAUGGACAACAUUAGUGGAUUGCAUGAUGACUUGCUCGUGAAGAUAUUAUCGUUUCUUCCAACAGAUGUUGCUGUAUCCACUUGCGUUUUGUCUAAAAGAUGGGAGUUUCUUUGGAUGUGGAUGCCUAAUCUCGACUUCAUUUCUACACGCGUCCCAAGGCCUGGACUUAUGGAGUUUAUCGACAGGAAGUUGCCAAUACAUAGAGCUCCAGUCAUUGAAAGAUUGCGUCUCCACUUAAAUUGGUUAUCACAUACUAAACCUAAAGACAUCAACCGAUGGAUUGAAAUUGCAAUUUCUCGCAAUGUAAGUGAGCUUGGAAUCGAUUAUUAUUCCAAGAAUGAAAACCUAUUUCCAAGUAGCUUGUUUACCUGCAAAUCGCUAGUGACCUUGAAUCUCAAAUGGGUGGCUCUCAUAGAUGUUCCCUCUAUGGUUUAUCUUCCCUCUCUGAAGACUUUGGAACUUGAAACAAUGUCAGUAGUAGAUGGAAAAUCUCUUCAAAAGCUUCUAUCUAAUUGUCCUCUUCUCGAAGAUCUAUCGGUGAAUUUUUCUUACAAUGGCAAUUUAAGAGAGUUCACUAUUAUCAUCCCGUCUUUGAAGAGUUUAUCACUCUUUUUACGUAGUAAUUACAAUUUAAAUAGGUAUGAGAUAGAUACUCCUUCUUUAAAGUAUUUGAAACUUGUGGACCCGAGUCAUCUGGAACACUACUCUUUGAUUAAGAAUAUGCCUAAGCUUAGGGAAGCAUAUGUCGAUGUUGGAUACUCUAAUCUCAAGACUCUCAACAGUGCAAUUAGAUCAGUCACAUAUGUCAAGCGUCUAACAAUAUGUUCGAUGGAUGUGUAUGGUGAUGGUUUUGUUUUCAGCCAGCUUGAACAUCUGAACCUAUGUGUGUGUAAAACGUAUUCGUGGAAUCUUCUUGGCCAGUUGCUCAAGGAUUCACCUACAUUACGAGUAUUGAACAUCUCUGUGGUGAAAGAUCAUAUUUUUGAUAAGCGUAACGGCAUGGUUAGCUGGAAUCAACCGAGUCCUGUUCCUGAAUGCUUGUUGUCGAGUCUACAAAUUUUCAAUUGGUCGGGAUACUUAGGAAGUCCAGAAGAGAGAGAUAUCCAGGUUUAUAUCUUGAAAAACGCUUGUCACUUAAAGACAACAAAAAUCUCAUCUGAACCAUCAUGUUGCUUUUAUAUUUAACAGAUUGUGGUCGUUGCUUUAUAUAGUAAAAUCAUACUAUUAAUAUAUCUAUAAUUCUUUGUCUUCAAAAGACUAUCAAAUUUAUGUGUAUGUAUGUAUAUUUUAAAAAAUACAUUAUAUCAUGCAAAAGAAUAUACAAGAUCGAGGACAUGUUUAAGGGGGAAA